AUGCAACUUCGUGUUAAAUUUAUGAGAAAUAAAGCAAAAGGAAUUUUAUAUCUUCAUGAAAAUGGGAUAUUACAUAGAGACAUCAAACCAGACAAUUUACUUGUGUUUUCACUUGAUUUGAAUGAAAAUGUGAAUGCAAAAUUGACUGAUUUUGGGAGUGCAAGAAAUGUUAAUUUAUUGAUGACUAACAUGACUUUCACUAAGGGUAUUGGAACACCAAAGUAUAUAACUCCGGAAAUUUUGGAGAGAAGUAAAUAUAAGAAACCAGCAGAUGUGUAUUCGUUUGCUAUAACUAUGUUGUCAUGUUUUGCUUGGGAUAACUCAUUCCCGAAAACAAUAUACCCCUGUGAUCAUCAACCAACUCGAAUCGUUGUAACGAUAAUUAACAAUAAUUGUGUUUUUUUUGAAUCACCCUUUU